CCAAAACCUUCAACACAAUGAAGACUGCUGCACUUUUUCUGGUCUGUCUGCUUGCUACACAAAUAUAUGGGCAAAAAAAGAUUAACAGGUGCUUGUGUGUCGGUAAAGGCCUGGACAUGGUUUUACUGAGGAACAUUGAGAAGUUUGAAAUCAUUCAUCCAAGUCCCUCUUGUGGAAAACAGGAGAUCAUUGUGACCAUGAAGAGCUCAGAGCAGAAAUGCUUAAACCCAGAGUCUAAAUUCACCCAGGAAUUAAUCAGGAGAGCUCUUGAGAAGAUGAUCCAGCAGUAGAAGAUGACCAGUUACUGCUGUAUUUUCAUAAAGUCACUGAAGAACAUCCCGAAACCUAUGAAACCAGAUGCUGUAAAACCUCCACACACAUCACAUGAGUUUGACUAGAGAAGAGAUGUAUUUACUAUUGUAAAAUUUUCUACUUAUUAAUAUAUGAAUCUAACUUUGUAUUUUAAGCACAUUGUACAUUUAAUUGUGUAUAUUCCUGUUUUAUUUGUUAAUAGAAAUAAUAAACUGCUAUACAGCACUGUUGUAAAAUCCACUUACGAUGACUAAUUGUGUUGCAGUUUGUUGCCAAAUAAAAUAAAUUCUCCUAUAAA